UCUGCCGCGGGGAGCCAUGAGCUGCCUGGAUGUUAUGUACCAAGUCUAUGGUCCUCCGCAGCCUUACUUCACAGCCGCCUACACCCCCUACCACCAGAAACUAGCCUAUUACUCCAAAAUGCAGGAAGCCCAAGAAUGCAAUGCCAGCCCCAGCAAUAGCAGCGGCAGUGGCAGCUCCUCCUUUUCUAGCCAAACUCCAGCCAGUAUAAAAGAAGAGGAAGGCAGUCCAGAGAAAGAGUGCCCACCAGAGGCUGAGUACAUCAACUCCCGCUGUGUCCUCUUCACCUAUUUCCAAGGGGACAUCAGCUCUGUGGUAGACGAGCACUUCAGCAGAGCCCUGAGCCAACCUAGCAGCUAUUCCCCAAGCUGUACAAGCAGCAAAGCACCGAGGAGCUCUGGGUCCUGGCGGGACGGCUCCUUCCCGAUGAGCCAGCGUAGCUUCCCCGCCUCCUUCUGGAACAGCGCGUACCAGGCGCCGGUGCCCCCGCCGCUGGGCAGUCCGCUGGCCGCCGCGCACUCAGAGCUGCCCUUCGCCGCCGCCGACCCCUACUCUCCUGCCGCGCUGCACAGUCACCUGCACCAGGGUGCGGCUGAGCCCUGGCACCAUGCGCACCCGCACCACGCGCAUCCGCACCAUCCCUACGCGCUGGGCGGCACCCUGGGCGCUCAGGCUGCCCCCUAUCCACGAGCAGCCGCGGUGCACGAAGUCUACGCGCCCCACUUCGACCCGCGCUAUGGGCCGCUGCUGAUGCCCGCCACCUCGGGGCGCCCUGCACGCCUCGCUCCUGCUCCGGCGCCUGCGUCCGGCAGCCCCCCCUGCGAGCUCUCCGCCAAGGGUGAGCCGACUGGCACUGCUUGGGCUGCACCUGGGGGGCCCUUCGCUAGCCCCGCCGGGGAUGUGGCCCAGGGUCUGGGCCUCAGCGUGGAUUCAGCUCGUCGUUAUUCCCUCUGUGGUGCGUCCCUCCUGAGCUGAUCUGCUGCCCCAGGGUCCUCCUCCCUUUCUCUUCUGACCAGCCACCCAGCCUCAGCUUCUCUGCCUCUCACUGCAUGGAUGAGAACCGUGGGGGAUGGCAGAGACUUCAAACUUCUCCAUGUGUUGAAAAAACUCAAACAUACUUCUACAGAAAU